GAUCCCGCUGAAACUCCUGCACCGGCAAGAAUCGAAACUAGAGAAGAAAGGAAAGAAAGAAAGCGUCGAGAAAAACAGGAACAGGCCAACUACAAACUCGAGCAAGAUUUAGCUUUGUGGAAUCCGAAAAAGAAUCCUAACGCCACCGGUAAUCCUUACAACACUCUUUUCGUGGCGCGUUUGAACUAUGACACCUCGGAACACAAAAUCCGUCGUGAAUUUGACGUUUACGGUCCAAUAAAAAAGAUAUCUAUGAUUAAAGAUGUAUCUACCGGAAAACCCCGAGGUUACGCCUUCGUCGAGUUCGAACAUGAGCGGGAUAUGCAUGGCAAGGGUCUUGGUAAGUCCCGUAGUGGUCCCAGCGAUUCUUCCCGAUCUGUCAGAGAUGAUCGCGAUGGAAUCAGCAGUCGUGGAUCAGGCAGAGAAUCAAUGGGAAGAGACCGCGACAGAGACCGGCAUCGGAGAAGUCGAUCCCGCGAAUACCGAGACAAACGCAAGCGAAGCCGAAGCCGUGAGUACCGAAAAAGAAGCCCAGACCGCUCGAGAGAACCGCGUCGCCGUCGUAGUCGUGAUCGGUACAGAGGUGAUGAUAUGUCCCAAUAUGGUGAGUAUGGCGCCGAAAUUAGAGCGGAAUACAAUGGUGACUAUUGA